UUUCUGUCUCUCUCUCUCUCUCUCUCUCUCUCUUUUCCAGGGAAGCUGCAGCAGAAGAUGGCUUCUCCUUGCAGCAGCAGAGCCUUGCCCUCCACCUGGAGGCUCUUGCAAAGGCUGGGGCCUUGCCCAGGGCUUGGGGCUCCUUCCCUGGGGCCCAGGCGGGGCUUCUCCUGGUCAGCCUCCGGAGGCUGGGCCAAGAAGGGCCCUGGGAAGCUCCUGGCCCCAGCCUUCGCCUUCCUGGGGGGAUCCCUGGGCUUCUGCCAGGCGCUCAGGGCCAGCUUCCACAGCCAGGAGCAGGAGGCAGCAGCGCCAGCAGCCAAGGCGCUCCCUGAAGGCAGCCUGCAGCUGACCCUCUACCAGUACAAGACCUGCCCCUUUUGCAGCAAAGUCCGGGCUUUCCUUGACUAUCACUGUCUGCCGUACGAAAUCGUGGAGGUGAAUCCGGUCAUGAGGCAGGAGAUAAAGUUUUCCAUGUACAGAAAGGUGCCCAUCCUUCUGGCCAACACUGGCAGCACCUUGCAAUUGAACGACUCUUCUGUGAUCAUCAGUGCAAUUCAAACCUAUCUAAUUUCCAGGAAGAGUUUGGAAGAGAUUGUGUCCUAUUAUCCGCCGAUGAAAGCCCGGAAUGAGCGGGGCAAGGAGGUGACGGAGUACGGCAACAAAUACUGGCUCAUGUUGGACGAAAAGGAAACCCUGUGUGUUUAUCCUGUCAAAGACGUGCGGGUGGAGGAGAUGAAAUGGAGGAAGUGGGCAGACGACUGGCUUGUGCAUCUCAUCUCGCCCAAUGUUUACCGCACCCCUGGCGAAGCCUUGGCGUCUUUCGACUACAUUGUACGCGAGGGAAAAUUUGGCCCCGUGGAAGGCCUCUUUGCCAAAUACGUGGGAGCUGCUGCUAUGUUCAUCAUCAGCAAGAGGCUAAAGAGCAGGCAUCAUUUGCAGGAUGACGUGAGGGAAGAUUUGUACAAAGCCGCCAACGACUGGGUGAAAGCUGUUGGCAAACACAGGAUGUUCAUGGGGGGUGCGCAGCCGAACUUGGCAGAUUUGGCUGUGUAUGGAGUCCUGCGUGUCAUGGAAGGCUUGGAAGCUUUUGAUGACAUGAUGACGCACACCAAGAUCCAGCCUUGGUACCGUCGGAUGGAGGCAGCCAUCAGGCAGGGCAAAGUUGCCAACUGACAUUGCGCUGCCCCUCAGGUGCCAACCUUCAACCAGUUUGCACAGGACAAGCUUGGAACGCGGUUUUCAUUUAAGAACUAAAAUGGCGUGGAGCUCCUUAGGUCAAAAAGAACAUUAAAAAGAGUGUACUUUGUAGAGCUAGUCGUCGUUUUGGUGGAAGCCGCAGAGCAGCACACAACCAAAGAUGUGCACACAACGGUUCGUUGAGAAGCAUUAAGGGUGUAAAGGGUGAAUGAUGACUGUAUGGUUGUGGUUUUCCAGACUGUUGUGUAUUGGCUGGUGGUCACUUCACAUCAAGAGUUGACUUCCAAGUUGCAUUUCCAAACCCAUGUGUCUUCCUGACAACUUUGACAUUGCUGCAAAAUAUUUUCUUAGUCCUGGAAGAGAUGGAAGAAAGAAAGCACUCAGCAAAGAAGGGACUCAGGGCUACAAUGGAAAAGAGGCUCAAGUUUGCAGAGUACAGAGCAUCCUUUCCAUUAUUCACAGCAAGUGGCUCUGAAACCUUUCUUUUGCUGGUCAUUCUCAAGCUGUUUGGACUUUCUUUCGCUGGGCUUGCAUGGCAUUUGGGAUUUCUUUGUUAUUAGUGGUUAGAUCCAGCAAAAAACAGCACAAACAGAGAAGGAAUAGUUAUCAAAUGUUUGUUUUUAAAAGGCGUUCAUUUCUGGAAUCUGACUCCUUGUCUAGGAUAAGGAUGUUCUGGGAAGAGAGAAAUCUAGUGCAUUUGUUCGUCUGUCAUAAUUCAAAAGGGGACGCUUUCCAUGCUACAGAAUUUCGACCCAAGCUGCAAUUCCUUGUUAUAAAUUAAUAUGGCGUGCAUGGUAUUUGUAAUAUCCGUGUAUAAAGUUCUGCAGGUAUGUGAUAGUUACAUGUUACACAGAACCUGUUGUUAUAUGGAAGCAACUACUGGGUAAGAAAUUGUGCAUGGAAAAUAUUUUUCAAAGUGUGUGUGUGUGUGUGUGUGUGUGUGUGUGUAUAUAUACACAUACACACAUAUAUAUACUCUGAGCUCAAACUAGUUUGACUGUCAUGGCUCAUUUUAUAAUAGUGAACCUGGGAUUUACAGUAUUUUUGUGAGUGAAUUAUAAUGAUUUUUUGUGGGUUUUUGGGGCUAUGUGGCCAUCCUGAUGUUUCGCCAGCAUCUGUGGCUGGCAUCUAUGGCAUCUUCUAGAACAUGGCCACAUAGCCCCAAAAACCCACAAAAAAGUAUGGAUGCCGGCCAUGAAUGCCUUUGACUUCACAAUUAUCAUAAUGUUGAUAAAACUGUGCUUGCCUUGGGUCUUUUGAGGGAGUGAAGGAUGGAAGGCGAAAAUACAGCCAUUUUGCAAAAUAGAUGUGCCUUCUUCCAUUUGGUUUGGCUUUGUUCACUCCAGUGGCCCUAAAUCAAUGAUGUGAAUCGUGGGUUUCGGGCUACGCAUAAUUUGGAGUGAGUUUACUCCUGAAAUUGUAUUGUUUAACUCUUUGAGACUAUUUGAAGACUGUCCAGGACUGGAGUUAUGGACCGAAUCAAAACAUUUUAGUUUGUUCUCUGGUGGAGCUCUGAUCUAAGAUUUCUGCUUUGGAGAUUCAGGCUUUUUUUUUAACUACGGAUGGAAUCAUGAGAGUGAAUGAGGUUACUUUGGAUUGAACUGUUAUGAAAGGAAACGGGUCUGCCUUCUUUUUCCCUUCCUGGAGUUUGUAGGGGUCUAUGGAGGCUCCAGUGAGGAAAAGCCUGCAGGUGUUGCAUUUUUUCCCUUCAGGUCUCAAGAGGGACAGACAAAAUUUGCAAUAAAACGAUUUUUGCUGCUUGUUUGUAAUCUUGA